CUCGGCAGGCUGGACGGGUCGUAUGAACCCUCCCCUCCCACUCGUUCGCUCCCUCUAGUCUCCAUUUAUUUGGCGCCAGGCCACUCCCCUCCAGUCCCUCUCGCUCCAGUGUCCACCCACGGCUAUCACUGCCUAUGCUGAUCAUUCUCCUCGUUCGACUUGUCGGUGCUGAUCCCCCAGAAGUUACGAGUGCCGAGUCCUGAGGUAGCCACUGCUACUGCUACCAUCACUGCUGUUGCUACACUCGACUCAUCUCGUCCAGCUGCACCGCUGCACCUGUCGAGUUAUGACCACACCUCGACCUCUCCUCGCCUCAAACCACGAUACCAUUCUCCAUACCGUCCAUCGACGACCUCCUUCUUCUGCAAUCAUCUCUUGUUCGCUUGUUCGCUUGUCUCCAGUUGUUCCUGGUUGCACCGAUUGACUACCCGCCCCUUCGCUACCAUUUCCCAUUGGCACCUGCGACACAGCUACCUACACGGCUCCGUUUUCUGCGAUCAAGCUGUAACCUUUUUCCUUUUCCGCUCAAUUCUGUGCCAGUAGUCGCCGACUCGACAAUCGAGCUGCCAACGCAAGGCGUCUCUCGACCUACCAUUUCACCUCGAAUCCUUUUCCUUCCUCGCCUUGCCUUCCGUCAUCUCUGUCCAAGAGAACAAACGACCGUACUCUAUAAAGCACUCCCUCCCAGCUCUCGAGCACCCUGCAUAAUACUCAUACCAUCUACAUCCUGCACAACGCGCCCAAUAUCAAUUUGAACUUCAUCGGAUCUGUUUUCCGCCUAGCACAAUCUCACGAUCACCCGAUACGCCGCCUGCACCACUCAAGUCUCGGUGGCGACGCUGCGCUCCGCUUCGUUCCCAAUACGUCUGUCUAAACCAAAGGUCGCCAGCUCCCACAGUAUGGACCUCUAAGACUGCGAUUCCACCAAGGAGCGCCCUUUUCUUCAUAUCUUUAUCUUCGCCUCGGCACAAUGGAUCCAGGCGCUUGUCGAGUAAUGUACAUUGAUGAGAGAUUCAACACGGAAAGAUGGAUCUCGCGGGAGGGUUUAUCACCGAGUACUCCCCAAAGGAAAGGCUCACAAGUUGAAUUCUCCGACUUACCGCAUGACCUUCAAACCAACGUGAAUGCCUUUCUGAGUGUUUUCAACCAAGUCUAUGUUUGCUCCUCCGGGAGAUCCUUCUCCACCAAACUGUCCGAGCUUCACGAGCAAGUCAAAUCCGACUGCACCCCGAUCCUCGCCUGCUUUGAUGUUGGUUCUGAAUCAAAGAAUGAACAUUUGCGCACCAAGUCAAGAUUCUCUCCUGCCUCCGACUCUCCUCUUCCCUCCCCAAACCUCCUCCGCAGAGAGAUCACCUUUUCCUCCGAGUCCGAUGAAUCCUACGGUUUGCAGCUUUUGUCCAGAAUAGCUUCUGACCUUCAAGUCGAAGAAGGCGUCAAGCUGAUUAUCCCCGUCGCCAUCGUCCUACCCAAGCGCAAGGACUCUCACGAUCAAACCGACGACGAAGUCCAACCGAGCACAAUAUCCAGAGCUCCUUACGGGCCUGAAGCACAACCUGUCGAGAUCAAAGACAAUUCUGACAUCAUCGAUGAGCGAUUGAUGCUACAAUGUCUAGACGCUGGCGCGCUCGACGUUGUUCGCAGUCCUCUUGAUAAAGCUGGUAUUAUGGGCUUGACGGUCCAUGCCUAUCGCAUCUAUAAAAACGCCAAAAAGGAACAAACCGGAUUUAUGGCCAUGUCGCGAAGAGGUCGCAAACAGUCUUGGGUCGGCGUUGAGGACGAGAAGCCGUAUGCUUACCUUCGGGAGGCCAUGGUCAAGAAAUUGCUCAAAGGCAUCUGCGAACCACAAAACCUGAUCGAGGAUUAUCAACAUCGCGAUCUGUAUAUCCAAGAUCACAGAAAGAACGUCGUUGCCGCGGAGGUAGGCAAGUGGAGCUUUUGUGGCCAUGAUUUUACAGAAGAUGAAUUGGUCUAUGCUGGCUACUAUAUGCUCAAUCAUGCGCUGAAAAUGCCAGAGGCACAACAUUGGCGCAUGGAUGAAGGUGACAUACUUCAUUUCAUGCAGGGCUGUAGGGUGGCCUACAAUUCGUUUGUCCUCUACCACAAUUUUCGCCAUGCUGUCGACGUUCUCCAAUCAGUUUUCUACUUUCUCGUCCAAAUUGGCAUCCUUCCACCGUACCCCAGCGGAUCAGAACCUCCACCCUAUGCCAACCAGAAAUCACCAAUCGCCCGUUUACUGGGACCCUUUGAAGCCCUGACAUUGUUGAUCGCUGCAAUCGGCCACGAUGUGGGUCACCCUGGAGUCAACAACAUGUUCCUCGUCAAGUUGAAUGCCCCUCUCGCCCAGCUGUACAACGACCAAUCAGUGCUAGAAGCAUUCCAUUGCGCAGCCUAUUCACAGAUACUUCGAAGGCACUGGCCUGCGGCGUUCCAACAUAAGGUGCUCCGCAAGCUCAUGAUUGACACAAUCUUGGCCACCGACAUGGGAGUGCAUGCAGAUUAUAUGGGAAAGCUCGGAAACUUGCAGGAGAAAAUCCACCAAAGUGAAAGCGGGACCGACCUUUGGGCACCCAAAGAUAUCGAGUGGGCUCGCACUUUGACCUGUGGACUGCUGAUCAAGUGUGCCGAUAUCAGCAACGUGGCACGACCGUGGGCUGUGGCCGAGAAAUGGACACACCUGCUCCAGAAAGAAUUCGCCCAUCAAGGAGAAAUGGAAGCUGCCGUGGGAAUGGAAACUGCACUUUUCGGAGGCCCGCCAGAAUUGGGAAACAUGUUGAAGCUGGCAAAUGGACAAAUCGGCUUCAUGACCAUUUUCGCUCAUCCACUUUUUGCGAAUGUCGCCGACAUCAUGCCUGCUAUGCGGUUCGCUGCCGACGAGAUAUUGACUAAUAAAGGAGUCUGGUUCACAAGGGCGGAGCAUGAGAAGAAAAUGCAGACCUCCUUCAAGAAGAAAACCAGUCUCACCGACAAUGGUGCUGUUAGUCCCAGGACCCAGAGUCCGGUAGGCCGUCGCAGUACGCCUGAGCAUUCACAUCUUCCCUCUUCUCCUCUUCGCGCCCGACCGGUCUCUCCAGACAAGCGGAAUGAUUCGCAAAGGGGACGAGGAGGCGAAGUUGAACAGCGGCGGGAGGAUUCUUCGUCGUCGUCGUUGGCUGCUGUUGCAGGCAUCGCUGUGACUGAAGGUGAUAGCACACCCCGACGGCUAUCUGUAACAAAAACUGAGCCUCUGGCGCUCAACCGAAAACAAGCGAACCUGAUUAACGGCGAGCAUGGCCCUUCAAAGUCACAAAUCCCGUCGCAUGAUAGCGCCGACGAUUCACCCGACUCGUCUAGCACGCCGAGAAUGCAGACGUCGCUAAAAGACCUUUCGGACGAAUCGAUCCAAGCCCUCAACGACCCUAGGAGGGAUCAGGGCGUUUCUAUGCGAGCUGGUACAGAUGAUUUGCCUGUGGAAGUUCUCAAGGAGGAGAAGCACAAGGAGUCGUCCAGGGAAGAGUUGGCAAAGUUUAACUUUGCGACAUCCAAAGACGACGAACCUGUUAGAACUUAUGAACCACAGAGGAAUUACUCUGCUCCAGACGCGGAUGCUCGAUCCAGCUUUCCGAAAGGUAAUACGGAUCACCAGACACCCCGUGGAGUUGGCGCUGAUGAUACGAGGCAGACGCAUUCUGCUCUCCCAGCAGUGCCGAGUCCGACGCCAAGAGGAGAUGGAGGUGAAAACGACGUGUUGACGCCGAGUCAGAGCUUUGAAUCUCCAAGCUACACGUCCGAAAAGAGCGAAGAGUAUUCGCACAACAAGGAUAGCUUUCAGGCGAUGAGACAACGAGCGGCUAGCGCGCCUCUGUCGCCUGGCAGUCCCAACAUCACGCCGAGUUUCAGCGUGGGGAGCAACAGUGCAACCAGCCAUGAGAGCAGCAAGGCAGAAGUUCAAACGACCGUACUGAGCAAUGGUGAGGUUGACGAGUCCAGCAUGGCGCGACAUCGAAAAGCGAGCACACGAAGUGUUGGUCGCAAAAGGAGCAAGUUAAAAAUGGGUCUGGCAUUCUGGAAGAGAAAUCGGAGCGAGAAAUCACUCACAGAAGAUCGGCCUACAAGUCCAGACAGCAGUGGACGAUAACACGAAAUCAAGGGAACCGUAAAACGUUCCAUCCACUCUUGAAACAUGGUGUUUACGAUCAAUAUGGAUGUCUGUCAAUACUAUCUGGUUGGGAGAUGGCUUUAAUUGGGAAUAAAGAAGAGGAUAUAUGUUUGUGCAUUAUGAGGACUAACAAAACCAUGGCAAGAACAGAAGAAGACUUUGUUGGGCUAACAGAUUCCAACAUGGUAACUUACUUGACCAGGAAGGAGGCUUUGUGUUGCCGGUAUAUCUCUACGAUGGAAAUGAUGAAAUUCGGCUAUUUUUUGAAAGGAGCGGGAAAUGAUUAAUGUUCAGGGAGGGAGGGGUGGGAGAGAAGGGAAGGG